AUGUCAUUCGACAUUACUUCUCCGUCAAACGUCUCUGAUCCCAAUGCCCGUGUUCUCAGUUCCUCGUGCUUCGAUUUCCUGCUCAUCGAGCUGGUGCCUAUGGCGGAGCGGUUAGCGAAAGAGUUAUCGGCCGAGCACAACGAACCGGACGAUGAAGAGAUCAGGGAGACGACCUUCUUUCGUCUCGAAUCCUUGGGCUAUCGUGUUGGACAAGGCCUCGCGGAAAGGUUCUCCCGAGAUCGCCCUCGAUUCACCGACAAUCUCGAUGUCAUCAAAUUCCUCUGCAAGGAUCUAUGGACGGUUCUAUUCAGAAAACAAGUGGACAAUUUGAAAACAAACCAUCGAGGGGUAUAUGUUUUGACCGACAGCGCGUUUAGACCAUUUGCGAGAAUGAGCAUGGCCGUACGGAGCGAAGCAAUUUCCAUGGCCCAGGCAUACUUGUGGUUUCCCUGCGGCAUUAUUCGCGGUGCAUUAGCAAACCUGGGCAUCAACACGACGGUGCAAGCGGAGACAUCUGACCUCCCGGGGGCAACUUUCCAAAUCAAAACCGUUCAGCCCCGACCCUGA